AUGAAGUCUCGUAAUCCACUGCAAAUGAUCUCUUUGAGCCCUAUAAUUCAUUCUCCCAAUCUGAAUCAGACGGCUAAAAAUGAUGAUCAACCCAUUUCUCGGCGAAUCGAACGGCUGUCCUUGCACCUAAACCCACCGCCGAAUCAUCCUGACCGUCAAGUGACUGACACUCUUGAGCUGCAAUCGUGUGUGAGCAAGACGAAGCUAAGCGUGAGCACCCAACAAUUUUCUGACUACAUGAGAGGGAAGCACAGGGACAUACAAGAGAGCGUUUUUGAGUACUUCAAUUCUAGGCCCGAUCUUCAGACUCCGGUUGAGAUCUCCAAGGACAAUCAUCAAGAGCUGUGUAUGAGGCAGCUUCUGGGUCUAGUCAAAAAUGCUGAGAUUAGGCCAUUUAG